AUGGCGCAACAACACAAGCGACAGCUGCAACAACAACAACAACAGCAACAAUUAAUCACUAUAAUCUGCAUAUUAUUGAUAAGUUUAAAUCAGAUAGUAAUAACAGUAGCUGAUAAUAAUAUAUCAUACAAUGUUAAUGAUAUUGUUUACGAUAACAAUAGCAGCCACAAUAACAACAACAACAACAUUGUCAAUAUUAAUUAUGUUGCUAAUGAGCGUUAUUCGGUUCUACGAUUACGUACCACUGAUCUCAAUCAAUUCUUAUCUGUAAAAAAAUUGAUCGAUUCAUCUGUUGAUCUCAAAGUAAAUUUUUGGAAAAUAGCACGAAAUAUACAUGAUGUAACUGACGUGAUGGUACCAGCAAGUACGAUGAAAAAAGUUUUGCAUUUAUUAAAUGACGGAAAUGUUAAUGUAACUGUUACUAUUCCGGAUGUUGAACGAUUAAUUAUAAAACGGGAGAAAAAAAAUGGUACAUCUGAGCUGCAACAACGUUAUCGAGAUGAUUCCGGUUCAAUAUCAGGAAGAUCAACUACCGAAUUUAGCAAAUAUGAUUUUUAUUCAUACGGUUCAUAUAAGGAAAUGAUGAAAUGGUUACGAUCAUUAGCCAGAAAAUAUCCGGAAUUUGUACGGAAUAUAUCAAUUGGAAAAUCGCAUGAAAAACGUAGCAUUGAUGGUUUAGAGAUUGGUGGAAACAAUCAAUCCAAGCGUGUAUUCUGGAUUGAUGGCGGUAUUCACGCACGUGAAUGGGCUGCGCCACAUACGGCCUUAUAUUUCAUUCAUCAAUUAACAUCAAAAUAUGGACAUGAUAAACAAAUUACAAAAUAUGUUGACGAAUUAACUUGGGUUAUUGUACCAUGCUUAAAUCCUGAUGGAUAUGAAUUUACACGUUCGUCAACUAAUCCAAAUAUUCGAUUAUGGCGUAAAAAUCGUUCCUCAUUUGUCUGUGAGAAAGAUCAGUGGGGACGUAAUCGCUGUUGUCGUGGUGUUGAUUUAAAUCGAAAUUUUGAUUUUCAUUUCAAAGAAAGCGGUUCAAGUGAUGAUCCAUGCGCUGAAAUUUAUCAAGGCAAAGCACCUUUUAGUGAACCAGAAACACGAGCAGUACGUGAUGCAAUAAUGUCAAAUCGUUAUCGUGGACGUAUCGAUGCAUUUAUAACAUUGCAUACUUAUUCACAACUUUGGAUUCAUCCGUAUGGUCAUCGUAAGGAUACAUAUCCUGGUGAUAUACAAGAUUUAUAUAAAGUUGGUAAGAAUGCAACAGAUGCACUUAGCAAACUUUAUGGUACAAAAUAUAUUGUUGGCAGUGGAGCUGAUACAUUGUAUCCAGCAUCUGGUGGCUCUGAAGAUUGGGCAAAACAAACAGCAGGCAUAAAAUAUGUUUACUUAUUGGAAUUACGACCCGAUGAAAAAAAUUGGGAUGGAUUUAUUCUCGAUGAACGACAAUUAAUACCAACAGCAACUGAGACAUGGGCAGGUAUACGGGUAGUUGCUGAUGCAGUAAUCGAACGAGCAAAUCGUAAAGCUAUCAGAACUAAUGACACUAUCAAGCAAGAAUAUCGUUUUGGUAAUGGCAGUGCUGGUUCAUGUUACGAUUUACGUCAUGCAUGUAAACGAUGGGUUCAGGAAAAAGAAUCAAUUUGUAAAACGGUACCAAUUUUUAUGCGAGAACAAUGCGCCUAUUCAUGUGGUCAUUGUUAA